AUGUAUAAUGUUGCAAUUCUUCUUCCAAGUUUAGAUUACCGAAAUAAUACAAGUGGUACAAUUAAUAAAGCAUCUAUAGGAAUAUUAUGGGAACAAAUAAGUUGGCUUAUUACUGUUUUAUUAGUAGUAACUUUAUCUAUAUUUUCAAUUAAAAUAAAGAUUAUUUGGAUUCUUGCAUUUCUACCUCCUAUACUCUUUGAUUUUAUAGUGGUAAUAAUGGGCUUAAAUGUUUUAAAGUCUACUUUAAAUUGGUGUUUAAUGAAUGAUAUAUUAAUAAGACUAAUCCAUAUUUCAGGUUUAUUGGUAAGAGGAAUAAGUUUAACUCUUAUGUGUUUAAAUAUAUUUUUUGGAUUUCCAAGCUUAAUGAUUCCUUUAGCAUUAAUGUUUAUAAUUAUAACUUUUCAAGUUAUUUGUACUAGUUGCUCAAAUUCCUUAAGAUGUCCUUGGAUUAUUCUUAGAUUUUUAUUUGUAGAUAUUUGGAUUGGAUUACUUUGUUUUCAGAUAUUUUUAAGAAUAACUGCAGAACAAAAUUAUUAUAAUAAAAUUGAUAAUAAUAUGAUUUGGACUUCUCAAUCUUAUUAUCAUGAAAAUAUAGUUUCUAUAGCCCAACAAUUUCAUCAUAUACCUUCAUGGUGGAUAGUUUUUUGGCCUUGUUGGUUUUGGUGUGGAACAAUAUUUGCUUUUUCUACAGUAUUUUGUUUAUUUGGGAUUUCUGAUAGAUUACUAACAAUUGUAGGACUCUAUUUUGGAGGUUUAGCAACAUUUAUUCUUAUUACAUGUAUUGAUCUUGCAGAAUAUCUUAAUCAAGGAAUAAUUCUUAAAGAUAAUAAAGAGAUUUUAUCAUUUCCUUUUAUACCAAUAAAUUAUACUUUUAGAUUAUGGCAUAUAUCAUUAAUUUGUACUCAAGUCUUUGUUACAAUAUUUUCUGCUUUUAUUUCUCAAAGUUUUCUAGAAGGUAGAACUAUAUCUAAUGAAAUAAAUGAGAAUCAAUUUAUUACAAAUACAUUAAAAAUGGUAAAAAAAUCUAAAUGUCCAUAUAUAAUAGGAUCAAGUAUAACUCUGAAUAAGAAAGGAACUGGAAUUUUUCAUACAAUAGAAACAAAAUGUCCUUAUUCAUAUUCAGAUGAAACAACAUUUAAUACAUCAACAAUGUGUUGUACAUCACCAUGUAAUUCUAUUACAAGUAAAUUAGACAAUUGGAAUGAAGAUAAAUAUUCAACAGAGGAAAUAAACUUAGAAGAAAGAAAUCAAUCUAUUAAUGAUGAAAUAUUUGAUUUAUCAUGUAUGAUUUGUUAUGAUAAUAAAGUAGAGGCUGUAUUUCUAGCUUGUGGACAUGGUGGGUUAUGUACAAAAUGUGCAUUAAGGGAAUUUUAUAGGGUUGGUUUAUGCCCAACAUGUAGACAGACUACUCAAGCCAUAGUAGUUUAUAAUAAGAGUAAAUAUAUAAUUAAAGAUUCCCAAAAAAUUAUUAAUGCUACAGUUAUAGCUACUCAGGACAUAUAA